GCGCGUACAUGCUGUUUCAGUGAAGCUGGGGUCUUUGUUGAGUGCAGUGAAACAGACUCCCUCUGUAAAUAUAUUAAUGUUUCAAUAGAAACUCGAACAAUAGACGAAUAGCUACAUCGAGUGUAGGAGGGAAUUGAAAACUAGCACGUAUACUUAUCGUCAGUACUGAGAGGAUUGUUACUGAGCUGACAAUAUAGACUGUAUAUAAACAAAACCAUCGCUCUUCUUAAGGUGGUAUUGGGAGAUAUUUUUAGCUAAACACUUGUCCUUUUUGAUAUUGCGCUAAUUCUGUUCACAGACAUGGGAGCGUUCCAUCGUUAAAAGGAAUAGUAUUGUUCAUUUUCCUCUACAAGCUAUCAUGAAAGAAGACAGUUAUUUCUUCUUGGAAAGGCAGAUCCUGCCAUGCGAAAGAGGGGGUUGCGUUUCCUGCUGCCUCAACGUUACCGUGGAACAGAGGGUGCCAAAGAGGGGAAUCCAGUGGCCUGCAUUUACUUCUGAUACAAUUUCAUUGAAAUAGUGUUUUACUAAACAUAACUGGGAUUAUGGAGACAGUUGGGAAAUUUGAGUUCAGCAGGAAGGACCUCAUCGGACACGGAGCAUUUGCUGUAGUGUUCCGAGGCAGACAUCGAGAGAAACACGAUUGGGAAGUGGCUGUGAAAUGUAUUAACAAGAAAAACCUUGCAAAGUCACAGACACUUCUGGGGAAAGAAAUAAAGAUAUUAAAGGAGCUUAAACAUGAAAACAUCGUCGCCCUAUACGACUUCCAGGAAACGGCGAGCUCUGUGUACCUGGUAAUGGAGUACUGCAAUGGUGGAGAUCUUGCUGACUACCUACAUGCCAAGGGCACCUUGAGUGAGGACACCAUUCGAGUUUUCCUGCUGCAGAUCGCCAGAGCCAUGAGGAUCCUGCAAGCCAAAGGCAUCAUUCACCGUGACCUCAAGCCACAGAACAUCCUCUUAUCCCACCCCGCAGGCCGAAAGUCCCACUCCAACAACACCUGCAUCAAGAUAGCUGACUUUGGAUUCGCCCGGCACCUUCAGAACAACAUGAUGGCCGCCACACUCUGUGGCUCACCCAUGUACAUGGCCCCUGAAGUCAUCAUGUCCCAGACCUACGAUGCCAAGGCAGACCUGUGGAGCAUAGGAACCAUUGUUUUCCAGUGCCUUACAGGGAAGGCCCCCUUUCAGGCCAGCAGCCCUCAAGACCUCCGCUUGUUUUAUGAGAAGAAUAAAAACCUCUCACCCAACAUUCCUAGAGAAACCUCCAGCCACCUCAGGCAGCUGCUCCUCGGCCUGCUGCAGCGGAACCAUAAGGACCGCAUGGACUUUGAUGAGUUCUUCCGACACCCUUUCCUGGAAGCAAGCUCAACCAUGAAGAAGUCAACCCCAGUGACACUCCAGUGCUUUCCCAACUCUGCCUCAGCCAGCUCCUGCAGUAGUUCAUCCACAUCACACCUUGCCUCACCACCACAGUCCUUGGCAGAGAUUCAGCAGCUCCGUGCAAAGCCCCUGCCCUCUCCCACCCAGGAGUCUCCCGGCUCCCUGCUGAAGGACUCGGGAGGAGGCGGCGGUGGCGGCGGCAGCAGCAAGAACUCAUCUUGUGACACAGACGACUUUGUCAUCGUGCCAGCUCACUUUGCCAGUGACUUGGCCGGUGAGAUCCCCAGCAGUAAAGUGAUGCAGGACAGCCUCAUGUACAGUGGGAGCUCUCUGCUGGCCUCUGGUGGUGUGGGCAGUCAAAGCAAGACACCGCCCCGGUCCCCAUCCUACAGUGGCUCGCCUGCACCCUCUGGCAGGCUCAGCGAAUGCUUGGCGAGUAACUAUGGUAACUAUGGCCAGUCGGUGCCCAUUCCAGUCCCCACUCAGAUUCACAACUACCAGCGCAUGGAGCAGAACCUCCAGUCCCCCAGCCAAGACAGUUCCCCCAGGUUGGCACCGCCAGUGCGUCGCUGCAGCAGUGGCAGCUCGCUGGCCUACGGGAGGACCGGUCCGUCUCCGCCCCACUCAGGGGCCUACGGCUCGGCCCCCAGCUCCCGGAGACUCUCCGCCGGGGCCACCAAACCCUUCCAGCUCUCACCCCAGGUGGGCACUAUUCCGGAGAUGCCCGGGCAGACUGACCGACUGGGCACAGAUUUGGGUCAGUUGGGGGCACAGAGCAGCGGCUUAGACGGCAGGUUUCAGCCUCAGCACCAACCCAAGGGUCUGGGCACCAGGCUGCACAGCGCCCCCUGUCUCCUGGAGGUGGGGAACGGCGCCCGUCAGAAGAUCCGUAAGCAGUACUCGGACCCGGUGGUGGCCCCUCAGGGGGGUAUGAUGGCCCUGCGGCCCCUCCACUCCUCCCCCCGCCUCAGCGAGCUCAUGCAGAGAAGCCCCCUGCCCACCAUCCUGGGCUCCCCCUCCCGGGCCAUGCCCCCGUUUGAGUUCCCCAGGCCACCCAGCUCCCCCAACAUGGUCACUUUCCUGGCGCAGCAGGGCCUCAUCAUGGCGUCGCCCAGCAACAGGCAGGCCCAGGGGGACACGGGACCCAGCAGUCUGCUGGACAGAGCAGAGGAGGGCCGAGGAUUCGGGAGGUCGCAGAGUGCUGGUCGCCUGUCGGACAUGUUGUUGAUGGCGGCGUUUGGAGGACCACUGGGGGACAGAGGGAGCUCGGAAAACCUCAGCACUGACAACAGAGCUAUAGACAUUACAGCGCCAUCUGCUGGAGGCACUAUGGUGGUGGGCUCAGGCAGUCCAGCUAGGGUGGUCUUCACUGUUGGCUCUCCACCAAGUGGCAGCACACCCCCUCAACCCUCUCGGACUAGAAGGUUCUCCGGGUCCUCAAGUUCCAUCAGUCCGGCUGGGUCCUUCACUAGCCGGUACCAUCCAACCGGUAUCUGCAUGGAAGGUUUUGAGGGCUCAUCCAGUCCCCGGUAUGGUUUCACAGAUCCCAUCUCGGCCAAUCUGGAGGGAGCAGUCACGUUUGAAGCACCAGAGCUACCAGAGGAGACACUAAUGGAGCAGGAGCACACAGACACCUUGCGGCAUUUGCGCUUCACGCUGGAGUUUGCCCGCUGCAUGGUGGAGGUGGCGGGGAGCCGGGGAGGUGACCGGGACCGGGACCAGGAGCAGGACCACGGCGGAGAGCCCAGGGACCCCUCCUGCUCCACCCUGCUCCAGCAGCAGAGCAUGGUGGCCGACCAGAUCAGCUCCCUCAGCCGCGAGUGGAGUUAUGCAGAGCAGCUUGUGUUGUACAUGAAGACUGCUGAACUGCUCUCCUCUGCGCUGCACUCGGCCAUGGAGGGCAUCAAAGAGGGCAAGCUGUACCCCUCCAGCACUGUCAAGCAGGUGGUCAGAAGACUGAAUGACCUCUACAAGUCCAGUGUGAUGUCCUGUCGCUCCCUCAGCGCUCGCCUGGAGCGCUUCUUCUCCCGCAAACACCGCCUCAUGGACCACAUCAACACCAUCACCGCUGAGAGGCUGCUCUUUAGCCACACCGUACAGAUGGUUCAGACAGCUGCACUGGAUGAGAUGUUCCACCAGGGGGAGCUGUCUGCGCAGCGCUACCAUAAAGCCUUGCUGUUGAUGGAGGGCCUCUCCAUGCUCCUCACAGAACAGGCCGACAUCCUCAGCCUUAGCAAGUGUAAGCAGUGUAUAGAACGCCGUCUCACCGCUCUGCAGUCUGGCUUGUGUGUAUAAACAACCCUGCUACGUAAGCUCACAGCAAGCAGCCUGGACAAGAAACCUCUGUCUUUCUCUCUCUCUCUCUCUCUCUCUCUCUCUCUCUCUCUCUCUCUCUCUCUCUCUCUCUCGCACGCUGUAAGCCUCUGCUGAGUGACUGUACAUCAGAUGUCUGUUGAGAUGACUGAAGGUUCGUUCAGUAUGGCUGUCUGCCGCAAGAGGUCAAUGAGGAGCAGCAGCGGUGGAUAUGAGUAGGGUUGAGUGUCCGCGGAGCCGGACGUUGGGUCCUGUUCAUGCCUCAGCUUACCUCACCCUUCGCUGGACACAGAGAAGAACACACAGGCACAGGCUUGAACUGGAGACAGAAUCAGAAGCAGAAUACGGAGCAACAUGCUGGUGACGACACCCAUUUUGAACUCCGACUUGAUCUCUCACAUUGACCCACAAUAUCACUCUCGUAGUCUCUUAUAGUUAGCCUUGCCACCUCAGCCCAAACAAACAAACUGAUUACCCUUGCAAGGCAUCUUGGAGUAUUCCUGUGAAGAAAGGUUCUUUCAAGUGCAGUAUCCAUGUUUCCAUUAGAAGUGCAUAUUGGAUGGUCAUGAUCAGAUGGGAAGACGCCAUGUUGAUUACACACAUCUAUUUUUUAUUAACUUUCCAGUCAUCUGCCAUCCUGAUAACAUAAUCGCCUGUAGUUCCUAUUUUAGUAAGCUGGCCUAAAGCCAGGAGUUUCAGUACCAUCCAUAUACUUUCCCAUGUAUCCCUUGAUGGGUUUUAGGGUCAAUGAAUAUGAAUGGAAGACCACCCCCAACCAAUAUUGGACCAAUUAUUAAUUCUAAAUAUUUAAAAGUACUUUAAUUUAAUGAUACUUUAUUUUUUGCAUAUAGAGACCCUCUGAAUGUUUUGGACCCGAAAAGCAGGAGAUAAGAAAACUGAAUGUCCUUAGGACAGUUGUUGCCCCAGCUGUUCCAUUAGUUUCAUUUAAGCUUAACAAGCUUAACUUUUCAUUGAAUCGACGCCUGGUUCAUAUUACCAAAGUUUCAUGAAGAGCCAUGGUGGGAAAAAAGCUGACUGAUACAUUCCCCAGUCUUAUUUCUCUAUAUAUGUUGCAUGCCCAUAGGACUGAAUAUCCCCAUUCUGUAGCAGGGAAUAUUUGAAGACCUGUUGCAUUUUAGAGAAUCACAACCAAUCACAGAUGAUGGCCCACUGAUUAUUUUAAGACGUGGUAAAUUACGUUCCAAUUUAUUGAAAAGGAUCUUUCAGGUCUAGUUCCGAGUUAAGACCAUAUGAUCUUUUUUGUUUUGUCUGAGUGGUCAAAUGAUCAUCACCAUAAUCAUCCAUUGUGAAUGUAAUGUGUAGAGUUAAGGUUUGCCUGUGUGUGUGUUGGUGAAAUUGUAGACUGCAUUUGUUCUUUGUAGUAGUGUGACUUUUAAACAAUAUGUUUGAAUGGAACUAGUGGGAAAGCAUUAUUUGAUUAUUGUUUUAAUAUUUGCUUAUUUGAACGAUCCAUUUGAGUUGAGCAGUUCCCCUCUGCUUAGGGCUAGUGUUCUAUGAACCUCUAAUGAAGUUAGACAUCUCUAACUUCUACAUCUCGGACAUCUCAGUAUUUGUGCAAUAUUACCUGAAAAUACAGUGAUGGCACCAGAGUAACAGAGUCCAGAGAAUGAGCUUCAUUUCUUCAAAGUCACUCGACAAUCUCUCACUUGCUGCACUGAUGGCUUAGUCUCACGUAGCAAUAGCUUUACUAUUCAGGCUUGGUUCAAAACAGCAGUGUUUUAUUAACAGCGUGGGUUAGAGAUGCCCUCGUUCUCCUUGGGUCAGCAGUGUAUGUGUACUCCCAUGACUUUGUAUUGGUGCUUUCGGAGGCUUUGUGUGUUUGGUUCAUUACACACGCUUUUUGGUCUGGCAAGUAUAAAGCAAACCCCUCAACUGAAAAGCUUGCACUGCUUUGCCAUUGAAAAGUACUGCGCAUAAUGUGCGUUCAUGGCAGGGGAAUAUGAUAUAUGGGAACAGCCAUUUUAUCAUUUUAUUAGCAUAGGCUUGAUAGAGGUUGUUUUAGAUGUAGUCUUUUCCCAGUGCAUUUUAGAGUAGCCCUCUGUAGAGGUUUUUUUUGUUUUUUUUUUUAGAUGUAGAAUUUCAUUUUAACUUAUAACUUAUGCUGUUGUGAGUUUUUUUCUGUACCUUAACAGGGAAAAUAUUUAAGCUAUCAAGGAAGAUGUUUAAAUGUGCCUUUUGAUUUAAAAGAAAAUGGAAGAAAAAAGCAAAAAUGUGUACACUAUAAAUAAUGUUCUGUAGUGUUUUAGCUUUGUUUUGUUAUUUUGAUGAAAAGGUGGGCACAAUUAUAGAACUAAGGUUUAUACUCGACUUUUGGAUUGUUGGGUGCUUGAUUGAAGUAUAGAUUUAUUUUUGGAGUGUGUGUAAGGUUGUGUGUAAGGUUGUGUGUAAGGUUGUGUGUGUUUGUGUGUGACUAGUGUUUAACUAAAUUAAGUAAAUUGUGCAUCACCAUUGUUUGCUGACCAUGGGAGGUUAUAGUAGCCGUGAAGAGUCAUCCCCAAGGGUUCAUUUAAUGACUGCAAAGUUAACCAGAUGGUCCAGUUUGUUCUGAUUUGAAAGGCCAGUUGUUAGUUUUAUGUAUUAUUUUUUGUUUUGUUUUGUUUUCAUAUGUACAGUGGACUGGUAGACUAUAGUUAUAUUUUGGUGCACUCGUUGACAAGUGUGUUGCCUUUCUUUUCAGCAAAAGCAAAUUUCCUCUAUUUUUAAAACUCCAAUACGCUCAUUGUUCUGUUACAUCUGCCAUACUGUACUGUGAAUAGUGUGCAAUUCAUGACCAUUCCAGCUUGGGAUUCAUAUGGCUGUUUUCCAUUUGCUUCAUAUAAGAAUAAGCAUACAAUUACACUCAUUGAGAACCGGAAAGCGCAGCAUUUCUCAUAGUGGAUGAUGCAGUGAUAAUCUGAAAUUGCUGGUAGAUACAGAGAGAUGCCACAGUUUGUCCAAUCACCUCUCUGGCAGGUAAAUAAGAGCGCUACACAUACACUACAGUGAGCUCAUUUCACAAGUAUUUUCAUACUAUUUGCUACUGUGCAUAUAAGAACAUGAAUAUCAAAUUGCCCACCCCGUAAAUCAGCAGUAGGCCUACUAAUAAGGCUUUAUUCCCCCCACCCGGUCUCUCACUAUCACUUUUAUAUAAGAAUUGUAAAUUAAGUUAUUGCUCUAUAUAUAUAUAUAUAUAUAUAAAAUAAGUGCAUGGGAAUAUCUUACCUAUCCCCCUUCGGCCCACCAAAGAGAAGUAAUACAAAUGCUGAUUUCCUCCCGCUCAUUGCUUGACUGUUGAAAACCUUACUUGUCUGUUUACCAAGUAAAUCUAAAGGAACUACACACACAUUCUGUCACUGUCUAUGUGAUGUAACUUUUGCUUUUGAACUCCAAAAGAUUCCGCACCAAUAAAAUGAGAGAUGAAGUGAA